UAUACGACGCAUGCGCACAACUCAAUUCCACCACAUGGCAUGGGUUUCUGUUUGAUUUUUGUUGACAGAAAAAUCAUGAGAACCUCGUGCAUUGUGUGAUUGUGACUGCGACCAUUUAAAUCAAAUUAUCAUCUGCAACUGUCGCUUUUGAACCUGCGAGUUUAGCCCAGAGUUCUGUCAAGGACUUGGACAUGCAGGCGCCUCAAGAGAGGCAUCGGCCCGGUGCCCUGAAGCAGCAAAACAAGUCGCACAAACACGGCCGCCACCGAAGCAAGGGCAGUCUGGACAAAGUCAACAAAGGCAAAGUUGCGGCCAAGACGAUCACCAAGUCGAACAGGAGGGAGUUGAGAAGGGAAGAGCGCCGCAAUCAGGCCGCCCAGGUUCGCAGCAAGAAAAGGGAGGAGGCGUUCGCCCAGAAGAGGCAAAUCGGGACGGCGAGGACUCCGCCGAUUCUGGUGGCCAUCAUUUCUCUGUCCAGAGACGUCGACCCCAUCGUCGCCAGGGACAAACUGCAGCAGGGUGAUCCGGACACCAUCACAACUGUGAGCGGAGAAGGACAUGUCCAUAUGAGUGUACCUCGACUAAAACAGCGUUUUUCUCUGUACGCUCCUCAACCUGACGAUUUGAAUUCAGCCCUGGACAUCCUCAAAAUUGCUGAUUCGGUGUUGUUCGUCUUGUCAGUGACUGGAGAGUACAUUGACGAGGAGGGCGAGACUCUGCUUCAAGCUGCCUUUUCCCAAGGGCUGCCAACCCCCGUUGUGACUGCCACUGACUUGGGUGACCUCCCCAUCAAAAAACGGAAUGAGGUGAAGCAAAACAUGCAGAAAGUCUUCUCAAAGUGGCUCCCUGAGGAAAAAGUCAGUCAGUUGGACACAGAAAUGGAUGCUCAGGUCAUUUUGAGAAGGCUGGGAGUCCAGAAAAGAAAAAUUAUUGCUCAGCGUGAAAACAGAGCUCAUUUGGUUGCUGAUGAAGUUCAAUUUACUCCUGGAUCAGAGAUUGGAUUUGGAACCUUAAAAGUGACUGGCUACAUCCGUGGGAAGCCUCUGGACGUAAACGGACUGGUCCAUAUCAGCGGCUGGGGAGAUUUCCAGAUGUCACAACUAGAUGCUCCAGAAGAUCCGCAUCCUCUGAUCUUGAACGCAGCCCGCCUUGAAGGAAGUGAUUCUAAGAUGGAAGAUUCAUCGGACAGAUUGUUGGAGCAGGCAGAUCCUCAAAGGCAAGAAAGCUUGCUGUCAGAAAAUUUGCCCGACCCAAUGGACGCAGAGCAGACAUGGCCCACUUUGGAGGAGCUAGAGGAAGCCGAAGACAAGAUGAAGAAAAAGAAAGUCCUCAAAAAAGUUCCUAAGGGCACGUCCGAGUACCAAGCAGCUUGGAUUCCAGACAGUGAUGGAGAAAGUGUUGACGAUGAGGAUGGAAGUGAAGAGGAAGAGGAUUUGAUGGAGGAUGCUGUUUCUGAAGAAGCAUCUCAAUACGAAGAUUCUGAAGCAGACGACAUGGAGUCAGUGACAAUGUCUGAAGCCCCUGACAGCUCCAAGUAUGACAAAGACCUAGACAUUGAGGAAGAAAAAAAGGCUCUUGCUAAGAUUAAAGAUGCCAGAAUGGACCAAAUGUUCCCUGAUGAAAUUGACACGCCUCAAGAUGUACCAGCUCGAGUCCGCUUCCAGAAGUAUCGAGGUCUCAAAUCCUUCAGAACUUCCCCCUGGGAUGUGAAAGAAGAGCUCCCUCUGGACUAUGCUAGGAUUUUCCAAUUUGAAAAUUUUGCCAACACUAGAAAGAAAAUUUUACUAAGCGAAGACAGGCCUGGUUCACUGCCUGGUUGGUAUGUGACUGUCCAUGUGAAAAAUGUGCCUGAAAAACUGUACUUGGGCAGAGAGAGUGGUUGCCCAACCGUCCUCAUUGGACUGCUUCCUCACGAACGAAAAAUGUCCGUCCUCAAUGUAGUUCUGAAGAGGAGCACCAUUGGCAACCAAGAGCCCUUGAAAUCCAAAGAGCCUUUGAUCUUCCACCUUGGAUUUAGGAGGUUCCUUGUAAACCCUAUCUUCAGCCAGCACACGAAUGGCAGCAAACACAAGUAUGAGAGAUACUUCCAACCUGAGAGCAUCACAGUUGCUACUUUCUUUGCUCCAAUAAUGUUUCCACCUGCUUCCUGCCUAGUUUUCAAGCCCAACUCUGACGGAACAGAGAGCUUGGUAGCUACAGGGAGUCUGCUUUCUGUUGACCCCGAUAGGGUCAUUCUGAAGCGCACUGUUCUCAGUGGACACCCAAUGAAGGUCAAUAAGAGAUCGGCCACAGUUCGAUUCAUGUUCUUCAACAGGGAUGAUGUCACUUGGUUCAAACCAGUCGAACUGAAAACCAAGUACGGUCGAAGGGGUCACAUCAAGGAGCCACUUGGCACUCAUGGGCACAUGAAAUGUGUCUUUGAUGGUCAGUUGAAGUCCCAGGACACAGUAAUGCUGUAUCUGUACAAACGAGUGUUUCCAAAGUGGACUUACGACCCUACGGUCCCUGAAGCCAAGGCUGCUGAAAUGGAAAUCACGGAGCUGCAGUAAAUUUUGUCAUUUGUAAAAAAAAUUGUGAAUAAAAUUUCACAGCAAGUAAACGUGGAAAUAAUUUCAUAAUAAUUAGAGAUAAUGCAUUCAAGUUUUGACGUUUAUUAAUUUUUAAUAUUUAAUUAAUAAAAAUAAAUGUCAUAAAAUAAUAGUUCCCAGCUACAUAAAUCUUUAAAGUUGUUGGCAAGUUUGCGCUUUCAUGUAUUAAUGUACUCAACAGGGCACAGUAAAAACAAAAAGCUUUUAUAAGUCGCAAUUAGAUGAUCACUUUUCGCAAAGUACUCGUCUGAUUUUAUGAUUGAAGUAAGUCUCCAUCUAAUGAGCCCAUACGGUCAAUCAGGCCACCAAACGCCUGACUUCGCUUGUAUCAGAAAAUACUUUAUACCAAAAAGUUAUGCAAGAAUAGAAUUUGAUUUUUUUUUCGC